GUGUUGUUUGUGUUGCUUUCCUCGCGGAUGAAUCUCGCAGUGAUGGAGCUCAGAGUGGCUCGUUUUCGCGCUCGCCGGAGAUAAAGUGAUUUUAAGGAGAAAUGCUGCGUGUUUGCUGUGCUGCUGAUCUCACACAGACCUGAGCUCACACUGAGGCGAAGAGCGGCGUUGGGAAGUUUAAUGUUUCUCAAGAGCGACGGACACCAUCUGAGGAAAUUUCACAAAGAAAUAGGAUGACCUACAAAUGGUUUCUGUUUCUCCCCGGUGGGCUCAUGCUCUUGAUCUAGGGUGGGGGGGGCAUUGCCCCAUUCUACAAUGAAAGGCUACACCCCCCAGCGCACCCGCCACGUGUCCGACUGUGAGCCGCCCCGUUCUCCCCGUCACCUGGACCCUCUGUACCCCCCGUCCACGUCCUCCACCCUCUCCCACACCCCGUUCCACCUCCCAGCAGCCAUGGACCAUUACGGAGCCCUGGACCCGCACCACUUCUCCCCAUCGCCCAACCCGGGCGGUCUUCCACCCGACUGCCUGAUGCCCCUCAACAACCAGCUGUCCUCCAGCAGCACCUUCCCCCGGAUCCACUACAACUCACACUUCGAUCAGGGCGACUUCGGUCACACAGCUGACAGCAUCGGGGGAAUCAGCAGCGGGACGCUGGGGACCUCCAUGUCCAUGGGAAUGGGUCUCGGAGUGGGACGGACCGCCAUGAUCACCAGCGGAUCCGCAACUAUAUCAGGGGCGGGGAAGAUGAACCGGUUGCCACCUAACCUCCUGGACCAGUUCGAGAAGCAGGUGCCUGGGCAACAGGACGGCUUCAGCACGUUACAGUUCCAUCGCAGCACCGCGGUGACGACGACCAAACAGCAACAACAGCAGCGGACCGACAGUCCGGGAAAAAUACGCUACUUAGUUCACUCCGUCCAGAAACUGUUCGCUAAAUCCCAGUCGAUGGAAAACUCCUCCAUCAGAGGAAACAUGAACGGCCGCAACAGCAGAUCGUCGAGCAGUGAUGACAAACACCAUCGGAGCAAAAGCAAAGACCGGUCGAAGAACGAAGGAACGGCCAAACGGAGGCCUCGAUCUAAUAUGUCUGGAUACUGGAGUUCUGACGACUUGGACAGUGAUAUUAGUAACUAUAGGAACCCAAAGGCCAUGAUGACUUUGGGGAGACAAGCGGUGGGAUCCGGACCGGGGCCGGGUGGACAAGUGGCGUCCAGGUACUUUAUGCAGGGCUACAGCACCAUGAGCGAGCACAUGCUGAAAUCCUCAAAGAGUAACAGUGACCUGAAGCACCAGGGGCUCCCUGCACUCCCAGGACCCGGUGGAGGUGGAGGGGGGGUCGGAGGAGGACAAGGGCCGAUGUUUGACGGGAACUUUGGUAAAGGGGGACCCUGGUCCACGCUUACGUUAGGACCCACCAGACAGAUGUGCCAGAAGGGCUCGGCCACACUGGAUCGCACCCUGCUGAAGUCCAAAUCUGUCCAGCAGGAUAUGGGCUGCCACUUCCUGCAGGUGCACGGGAGGAUGCCGUCCACCGGCGACUGGACGGGGACUCUGGGCCGAAGCGGGCCCAUGGGCGAGAUCCCCUGUAGACGGAUGCGUAGCGGCAGUUACGUUAAAGCCAUGGGCGACCCUGAGGAUAGCGACGACUCUGACGGGAGUCUCAAACCCUCGCCGAAAAGCACUGCGCGUAGGCAGAGCUACUUGCGUGCAACACAGCAAUCACUAAGUGACCAGUUCCCCUCAAGAAACCGUCUGCUGGACUACUCGAUGCUGCAGGGGGAUCUGGAGGCUCUCUGGUCCCCCUUCCACAGCAUCAGCACCCUACAGCAGAUCGGACGCUCCGUCAGCUGUCUUCCUUCUCUGCGAGAGUUCUCUGGGAAUCGGAGUCUGGAUAACCUGGACUGCAUCGGAGGCAGCUCUCCGUUCCCGAACUGGGAUGAUGAUGACUUCAGUCAGGGCUGCAGCACGCUGGGACGCGGCAGCUGCAUCAGUCAGGUGCGAGACAUGGAGUUGAGCCAUCAUUAUGGAGACGAGCUGGAGGACAUGCAUCCUCGCUCGCGAUGCAGUGAUCUUCCUGACAUGCCCAUGCCCACAUGCUUCCGCUCCCGGAGCCAUAGUUACCUUCGUGCCAUUCAGGCCGGCUGUUCUCAAGACGAGGACUCGGCGUCAGUGGAUUCUGAUUCACCGCCGCCCACGACCACAACGACUGUACGCACCUACAGUAACAGCACCGUCUCCACAUGCAUGACCUCCUGUAAGAGGGUGGCUCCGCCUCCUGUUCCCCCUCGAACCACCUCCAAACCCUUCAUCUCCGUCACCGUGCAGAGCAGCACCGAGUCUGCACAGGACAGCUACCCCGACAACCUCGACCGCAAGAACGAGGUCAACAGCCAAUCAGGACGCAGCAACUCCUCCGACAGCCUCGACAGCCUGCCCAAAGGGUCACGACCCCCUGUAGCGCCGCCCCGUGAGCCCCAGAUCCCGGCGGCCGUGGUCAUCUCUCCCAACCCGCUCCGAGACUCCCAUCAUGAGCAGGUGAAGGGGGAGGCGCUCCCUGCAGACGAACGUCCUGUAGACCCCGUCCCGAGACGGAAACUCUCCUCCAUUGGGAUUCAAGUCGACUGUAUUCAGGAAUUACAGGCCAAGGUAGAGACGCCACCAUUGGCCAGAUUCCAGUCGAUCGGAGUUCAAGUGGAGGACGGCUGGACUUUCAGCCGCUCCAGUAGUAUGGCCUCUCGUCAAGAGACGGACUCAGACACACAAGACCUCUCGCUCACAUCCCUGACGUUCCCGUCCAACUCCAAACACACCGAGAAGAAAGUCAUGGUCAACAGCGGCAGCCAAUCGGUGGACUCGCCUCCGCAGCUCUCCCUUAACAACGGUAACCAUGACAAUGAUGUGGCGGUGACGACCAGCGGCCCCUCCCGACAGAUCCUGACCAAUCGCUCCACCACACAGAGCAGCUCCUCGUCCUUCUCCGAGAGUCUGGAUCCGGCCCUCGACCCGUCCUCCCUCCCGCCGCCCGACCCCUGGCUGGAGAGCGGGAACGGGACGGGGAGCGGGGGCCCUGCCCAGCCGCUGACGGGGGCCACAGCGUGCCGGCGGGACGGUCACUGGUUCCUGAAGCUCCUGCAGGCCGAGACGGGACGGAUGGAGGGAUGGUGCAGUCAGAUGGAGAAAGAGACGAGCGAGCACCAGCUCUCAGAGGAGGUUUUGGGGAAGGUUCGUAGCGCGGUGGGCUGUGCUCAGCUGCUCAUGUCGCAGAAGUUCCAGCAGUUCAGAGGUCUGUGUGAACAGAAUCUGAAUGUGAACGCAAACCCCAGACCCACGGCUCAAGAUCUGGCCGGGUUUUGGGAUCUUCUUCAGCUGUCAAUAGAAGACAUCAGCCUCAAGUUUGACGAGCUUUAUCAUCUCAAAUCAAACGAGUGGAAGCUGGAAGGAGACUCGCCGGAGAAGCAGCCGCGUGACGUUCAGGAGAACCAGAAGCAGGCUCCUCCGGUGCCCAAGAAGCCUGUGAAGAGUAAAGCGUCUCUGGGCCGAGAGAAGAGCAACGACACGGUGGACAAACAGAGACAGGAGGCUCGCAAGCGGCUCAUGGCGGCCAAGAGAGCUCAGUCCGUCAAGCAGAACUCCACCACCGAGAGCACAGACAGCAUCGAGAUCUACGUCCCCGAGGCGCAGACACGGCUCUGAGGAGACACACACACAGCCAACACGCUCAAGGGCUCCGGCGUCACACACACAACACCAGAAGAUGGCGCCGAUGUGACGGAAACCAUAAAGUGUGAACGGAAAACCUUGUUUUGUGGGGACUGCCAAGGAACACCUCACAACGGAUCUUAAUAGUUGCAUUUAAUAUUAUUAUUAUUGAUAACUGAGACUGCUAUUGAUAAUGACUAUUGUCCUAAAUUCUAUCAGAUUGUUUUAAAUGUCCUAAUAUUUUGGAUAAGAGCUGUAACCCGUCUGUCGCUCGCUGGAACUCACGUCUUCCUGUCACACGCUUCUCUUUCCGUUCUUCUUCCUUCGGCUCGUGAUGCUCCUCGUCUGUUAUUUAAGGUUUGGAUGGACGGAAGCGAUGUUGUGUUUGGGGUCAGGCAGGGGGCGCUCUUCCAUCUCCUCUCCAGGAUGUUUUGAUGUUUGUGGGAUAUCACGUGAAAGCUGUUUCUCCAUCUCAGGUCUUGAAGUCUCACGGUCGUCGAUGUGCUUCAACAGGUUUUCAAUCCCAGUGUUCCUUGUUUAAUUCUGCAUCGCUUUGAGAUAAACAAGCUAACCUGAUGUUUCAUUGAAUGAAGUGCCUGUGGAUCAUUAUUGUGGGUGAUGUUAUGACCCUCUCGUAGCAAUAUCAGAGAUUAUAAUAUCAUGAUUUAAUCAGCACUCCCUAAAACACGCAGUGCAGACGCAGCUUGAUUAAACUUAAGGAAUGAGCUGAAUAUGAUUCUUCGCUUUAUUUAAUCAUUCAGCUUCUCUUGGCGCUCCUCGUCAUUUUAAAUAUAGUAUCAGAUAUGACACAUUUGAUUAGAUAACUCUUGGGAAAGUGUUUACUGGGAAUUUUCACUCAUUUAAUUUCACAAAUACAGUCCAUAAUAGAAUUAAUUUUUUAUUUAUUAAUUUUUUUUUUUUUGAAGAAGGUAAUUAGGUCAAAGUAGUUGGUAAUGCUGCAAAUUAAGAAAUCUUGUAUUAAUGCGGUUUUAUUAAUUUCAUCCUUUGUGUACUCAAUCUGACUUCUGAUGUGUCCAGUACAAACUUACUGUACGUUUCAUAACUCUUUUCAUGAGCUAGCAUUAAAAACAUUUGGGGUUGGUAAGAUUUCUUUAGGUUUUUGAAAGUCUCUUCUUACUGGGGAUGCAUUUAUUUGAUCAAAAAUACAGUAAUAUUUUGAAAUAUUAUUACGAUUUAAAAUAACUGUUUUCUAUGGGAAUAUAUAUUAAACUGUAAUUUAUUUCUGUGAUGCAAAGCUGUAUUUUCAGCAUCAGUCUUCAGUGUCACAUGAUCUUCAGAAAUCAUUCUGAUAUAAAACAUUUCUGAUUAUUAUCAAUGUUGAAAACAGUUGUGCUGCACAAUAUUUUUGUGGAAACGGUGAUGCAUUUAAUUUUUCAGGAUUCACAGAUGAAUAGAAAGAUAAAAAGAACAGCCUUUAUUUGAAAUGGGAAUCUUUUUAACAUUAUAAAUGCCUUUACUCUCAAUGUUGAUCAAUUCAGUGCAUCCUAACAGAAUAAAAGUUUUAAUUUCUUAAAUAAAAAAAAUAAAAAAAUCAUACUGACCCCAAACUUUUUGAUGUUAUAGAUUAUUUUUCAUCCCAUACACUGUCAUGAAUUGAUGAUGUCCUGCAGCUCUGUGUUCAGUGACAGACGUCCCCAGAUCACGAACAGCUCGUGAUCAGCUGAUGGUGUGAAUGUGUUUGAGCCUCUCCCAGUCGUUCGCUUCAUUCGGUGUCGGUCGAGUCGUUGACGCCUGCUGAGUGUCUGACUGUCCUGCAAACGUCUGAUAAACCAGAAUAAUGGGUGAAGAUUUGAAUACUCAUCUCCUGUGUUUAGUGAACUCCAGGCUCAGAUCAGAUGAACACUCCUCUCCUGUGGGAAACCUGAUUUAAUAAUGUUUUCCCAAUGAAAUCUGCAUAGACAAGCACAACAGUUUGGCCAAGUUGUAUAAACAGAAUUUAAAUAAUAAUAAUUCCUAUUUAUUCUAUAUUUUAUGGUGUUUAUAGAUAUUUAUAAUUUAAUGUAUUUAAAUGCAUUAAAAAUGCAUUGCAGUAAUUUUGUAGGAAGGGAAAAACAGUAUAGAGCUGAAAUAGAGAUUAUACACAAAAACUCGACAGUAAACAUCCAGAUGCAUUACACUGGAUCUGAAAGCUGAAAAACACUGAUAAAUAGAGCAUUUUCCAUUAAUAAAAUAAAAUAAAAAUGUACACCAAUCAUAGUGGUGGGUACAUAUCAUUUUCUUUACUUUAUUUUAUUUUCAGUUGUUGACCAAAUGCCUAACAUUUGAGUUUUGCAUCUUCACGUUAUGAUCAGAUGUUAUCUGCAUCUACACAACAGUUUCAGCAAGCGGAUGCUUUAUGGUUGUAGUUUUACAUGAAAUCAGACGCAGCCCGAAUGUUUUAAGCACACAGACAAAUCAGCCAACACCAAUGUUUGCAAAAAAAACACAUUUGUCAGAUUUUUCUUUGACUAUUCACUCUGAAGAUACCAUUUAUUUCUCUGGACUUCUAUGAAAACAUCAGUUGAAUGUCUUUAAAUUGUCCACCUGUGUUUUUCACUGUCUGGUGUUUCAGUGUUGUGAAACUGGUUUUCACUUCAUGUGUUCCCGAUCUUGUCCGGCUGUGUGUUCACAUGUGAUCUCGAUCAUGUUUGUGUGCUUCCUGGAGGACGACGGCACAAACCGUGGAUCACAGAUCUUCAGAAACCAUGUUUCUCUCCUCAGCGCUCCAGAUGCGUUUCAGAGAAACUCUCAUUUGUGCAACACACGGAUGUGAUCUGCAGCUCUCUGUUCAUGCUGCUUGGAUGCUAGAUGAACUCUUUUAUACACCUGUUCAGUGACUGAGAGUGGAGUAACACAACAGCGGUCGAACCCUCUCUGACCUGACGGACGCUCUCGAUUUCUUCAGCUGUUUAACGGCCGUCAAACAAUAUAUCAUCUAAAUGCAAGAGUUUGUAGCAACAGGAAUUAAGAUUAUUAUUAUAAAGAUUGAUAAUCAAUAUUUUAUGAAACAAGCACAUAUUUUACUGACUAGGAUUUGUUCUAUAUGUCUAAUGCUAUAUGAAGUUUAAGCUGUGUAUGUCAGGGUCUUUUGUUUAGUAAGAAAUACAGUAAAUCUGAGUAAAGUUUAAA